AACUAUCAACACGGUCAUUCAUUCAGACCGAUAUCAAAGCUCAAUUAUUUUACUUUGAUGCUCCUUUGUUGACUACAAUCUAUUCAGCCAAAAGGAGAACCAUGGCUUCUUAUGACCUCGGAGCUAUGACAGGCGGGAGAUUCCAUCAAUACGCAAAUCGUGUUGGCCAAGUUUAUUAUGUCGACACACUCACAAACGCUACGCGCUUUUCUAUUCCAAGAGGAUUAGAAGAUGUCCCAAGCGUAAGUUAUUGUAGUAGAUUGAUUAGUCAAUAUCUAGCCUACGGAACAGGACACUUGGACCCAGGACCUAUCAAGAAAUUGGCCACAAUGGUAAUCCCUGGAGUGCUUCAAUACACUAUGAACGAUCCUGAAUAAUGUGAUCUAGGAACAACGAAAGAACUGGAAGAGCAGUUCUCAUAGAUCCCAAUCCGCCUCCACC